AACAACAACACGAACGCCGGUAAACUCGUGUGAUUGUUUUGAUUUUGCGGUUACAUAUUAUAGUAUUUUAAUGGUCUAAUAUGUUUACGUUGAAUUACACAACAAGAACCUUGGUUCCUCGUCUGCAUCGAUUCACCAGCAAAAUCGCCGUGGAUGUGGAACCAGCGGUGAUCUCCGCCCUAGAACAGGCUAGUUUAAAGCCCAGAAAACAUCCUGGUGUAGUAAGGCCCAAUCAUGUGGAGCUACCCAAAAAGCUGAAUGACACCCUUAAACGCAUAGUGGGUGAUCAUCCUGUCAAGAAACUUAUCCAUGAUGGCCAGCAGCUUAAUGCCUACAUCAAAUCCCGCCACCCACCGCCGACACAGGAGGAGGUUGAAAACAAAAAGAAGCUCAUCAUCGAGGAAGUAAACUCUAAGAUGCCACUGGAUCGUCUUGCCACCCUGGAUGAGGAGGAGGCGGAGCGCUGGAAGCGCAAGCGAGAGCUGGAGAUCAACAAGCGGCUGGGCCAGCGCAUCUACGCCUGGAAGCGGAUCGAGUAUGGAGCAUACGAAUCCCUCGUUUACGCCAUUGCCCGCGGUGCCCAGGAAUACGCAGUGAUGAAGCGCAUCCUCUCGGAACUGGCCCAGCGGGAUGAACAGUUCCGUCCGCGCAGCUUUUUUGACUUCGGAUCCGGCAUUGGGACCGGAAUGUGGGUGGCCAGCGAACUUUGGCGCGAUCAUAUUUUCGAGUAUUACAACGUUGACAGAUCACGGGAAAUGAAUGAAAUCUCGGAGCUUAUUCUGCGGGAUGGUCAUGAAAACAAACAAAUACCCCUGCGCAAUGUUUACUAUCGACAGUUCCUGCCCGCCAUCGAAACUAAUUACGAUCUAGUCAUUAUUUCUCACACUCUUUUUGAGCUGGUAGAUAAAGAGCAGCGGGAGGAUGUUCUGCGAAAUCUGUGGCGGAAAUGCGAUGGCUACAUGAUCAUUGCAGAAGAAGGAACGCGUAAAGGUAGCGAGCUAGUCAACGAAGCCAGGCGAUUUUUAUUGGAGCAGGACCAAGAAGGUCACACUGUGGCACCUUGUCCGCAUGAUGUAGUUUGUCCACGUCUCAAGGAUCUGGCUGAUCGCACGCCCUGCAACUUCCCGGUUUCCUAUGUUCCUCUUCGUUUGGGCAGCGACUCUUUAGCAGACCGGCACACCUCCCUUUAUAGCUACGCUAUCCUGAAAAAGGGCCCCCAAUCCGAUAGCUCCAGUUCCUGGCCGCGGAUUGUGCGUCCAACCUUGGUUAGGUCAAAGCAUGCCAUUUGUAGGGUUUGCACGGAAGAAGGAAAUCUCCAAGAGGUCAUCUUCACAAAGUCCAAGCACGGAAAAUCUGCUUACUCUUGUGCGAAGGUCAGUCGAUGGGGCGAUCGCUUGCCCAUGUCACUGGGUCAGCCGCAGGUGAAAUCUAGCUCCAAAGAACCAGCCACCACAGAGCAACCUGACUUGGCGUAGCUUAAGCUGUUAAAUCAAUAUUUAGGCAUAAAGUUACGCCCUGAAGCUAAUUGACACUAAAAACUGGCAUCCAAUUAGUCGAUUUAAUUAUGUGCAAACAAAUCGUUGCGGGCGGAGCUGAAAUUAAUUAAAUACUUGCAUUUAAAUUAACCAUACAAUCCAAAUGGCAGAGCCGCAUGCUCAUUGAUACUAAAUUUCGAUGAACGGCCAACACACCCUCACCUAGAUUUUAAUGUAUGGCAAGACAAAAGGCGGAUGCGACUGCGGAUGGGUUGGCCCCGCUGCUUUUGGAUCAGCUUGUUAUAUAAUGUCACCUGUAUAUAGAAAGCAGUUGGCUGGCCAAUGGUCAGCCAUGUCAGCACCACCCAUGUGUUGUUGUAUUUGUAGAGGGAUAUUCGAAGUGGCUUUGGAGGCCUUUGUAACUACAAGUGAAGAACAUGUUUGUUUUUU